GCUUCCUGUCUGUGUGGCACAGCACCAUGCCUCCUUUGUGGAUGUUGUCCAUCUACGAAGAACUCGACUAUAACACGGCUGACAUUCUCCAUCUUUCUGCUUCUUGGAACUUUAGUAGCUUGCAUUAUGAUCAUACCUGGGGUGGAAGAUGGACUGAAGAAGUUGCCUUGGUUCUGCUCCUCAUCAACUGCCAUUCCAGGCAAUGUAAACUGUGAUAUCAUAGUUGGUCACCAAGCUGUCUACCGCAUGUGUUUUGCUAUGGCUGCCUUUUUCUUUUUAUUUGUCAUAAUAAUGAUAUGUGUGCGGAGUAGCCGGGACCCAAGAUCAUACAUACAGAACGGGUUUUGGUUUUUCAAAUUUCUGAUUUUAGUGGGCAUCACUGUUGGAGCUUUCUUUAUCCCACAUGGAGUGUUUACCACAGUGUGGUAUUAUUUUUGGUAUGGUUGGUGGUUUCCUGUUCUUCUUGGUCCAGCUCAUACUCAUUAUCGAUCUUGCCCACUCCUGGAGUCAGUCUUGGCUUCAGCAGGCUGAGGAUGGCAAUACAAAGUGUUGGUAUGCAGCUCUUCUCAUAUGCACGUUGCUGAUCUAUGCUGGUGCAAUUGCUGCCAUCGCGUGUCUAUAUGUUUACUACACCGGAUCUGGGGAUUGUGUUCUCAACAAAGUGUUCAUCAGUCUCAACCUUAUAUUCUGUGUUAUUGUUUCUGUAGUGUCUAUUCUUCCCAAAGUACAGGAUGCUCAGCCCCAUUCAGGAUUACUACAAUCAUCUGUUAUUACAUUGUACACAAUUUUUGUCACAUGGUCUGCUAUGGCAAAUUUUCCAGAUAAAACUUGUAAUCCUACAUUGCUUGCCAUCGUGAAUAAUGGAUCCAGUACUUCCACCUCUACGGUGGCUCAGUGGUGGGAUGCUCCCAGCAUUGUAGGACUUGUGAUCUUUAUUUUGUGCACUCUCUUCAUCAGCAUCCGUAACUCCAGCAACCAGCAAGUGAACAAGCUAAUGCUAACAGAAGAGAGUUCUGGAGAUGGGGGAGUUCAUAGCACUGAAGAUGGGGUGCAGAGAGCAUAUGAUAAUGAAGAGGAUGGUGUUUGCUAUAGCUACAGCUUUUUCCAUUUUUGUCUCUUCCUAGCCUCACUGUACAUCAUGAUGACACUCACAAACUGGUAUCUACCAGGAUCCUCUGAUUAUUCCCUGACCAGCCCCAUGUCUGCAGUGUGGGUGAAGAUCUCCUCCAGCUGGGUUGGACUCCUCGUUUAUUUGUGGACAUUAAUUGCACCUCUGAUUCUCCCUGACAGAGACUUCAGCUAA